AUGGCUAUUAUCUCAUUACUGAAGGGAAAUUUGAAAUCUAUACUACCAAUUUUAUUUCUAAUAAUUUAUACAAUUAUUGGUGCAUUUAUUUUUAUGGUACUCGAAGGACCGAAUGAAAUCAACGAAUUAAAAUUAUUAAUUAACGAACGUGAAAAUUUAAUAGAGGAUACAGCGUUUAAGCUUUAUAAAAUCCGCGGUGGAAAUCCUUCACGAAUUUAUAAUCGUACGAUUAGAGCUCUCAAAAUUUUCAGCCAACAACUUGGAGUCACCGAAUUGAAUAUCAAUAAUACAAAAUGGACCUUAUUGGGGUCGAUUUAUUAUUCAGUCACAGUAUACACAACGAUUGGCAAACUGAAACAGGGAUAUGGCGAUAUUUAUCCGAUUACCUGGUCCGGAAGAUUAGUGACUAUAAUUUAUGCAUUUAUCGGUAUACCAUUGGCUUUGGUAUCACUUUAUUCACUUGGAAAGCUUUUCGCUGUAAUUUGCAUAUUUUUUUGGAAAGUUUUAGUUCAAUCAUUAGUGAAAACUUCACGAUUUGUUUCGAAAGAUAUUGAAAAGCAGGUAAAAAAGCUCGAUGUAGAAGAUCAAGAAUCAGAUAAUGUUGAUGAUGGCGAAUAUUUGCUGAAUUUCCCCAUAAGUGUUUUGAUUGCCUUAACCAUUGCUUGGGUACUAUUUUGUGCUUGGGUAUUUCUCGCUCUGGAAGGCUGGAAUUAUGGGACUUCAUUAUAUUUUACUCUAAUAUCACUCACUACCAUUGGAUUUGGAGAUGUUUUGCCUUCUCAAAGCGAAAUAUGGGCUACUGGACUUUGUGUUCUCGUUGGUUUAUCACUUGUUUCAACCGUAUUAUCCAUGGUUCAGCAGCAAAUUGAAGCACUCACCAAGGUAAAAGAAUAA